AUGGCCGACCUCAUGACUCGAGUGUCGGAGGGAAGUGUUCGUAUCGUCGUCAACCAAAACGUCUUGGUGACGAUACAGAACCUCAUGCCUGAGGGCAUGCGUGAGGAAUAUAUCGCUUUGCCCGCGCUGCAAAACACUUCGACAGGCGAGAACAUACAUAUUGGCUGAUCUGCAUCUUUUAAUUUUUCCUAUACAUGCAGAGUCACCUGGGUCUUCGACUUCAACCGCGACUGCCUUGACCAAGAAGGCCUUGGUGGCGUCUUUGGUAUUAUCGCUGUAUGCCUUGUAUAUGGCGGUAUUGUAUGGGUCGUAAUGCGGAGGAGAGUGAGGAGAAGAAAGCCAAGAAGUUCGACCUGGAGAUCGAGGAGGGCGCUGACAAUCAUCGUCAGAGAAGGAGGGGAGCGCAAAGUACUCACAACAAAAACUUCUUCUUGAACCCUUCUUCACUAGUGCUUUUCGGGUGUUCGUUUAUCUGGAUCCGUAUGCCUCUAGCUGAUUGACAUGUGUCCGACUGUCUUUCGAUCCCUCCCUGCCAACUUCCUGGUGUCUGUCCGUCCGUCCGUUUGUCCGUAUGUCAGGCUUGCUUGUCAGGAAAGCAGGAUUUCGGUCGGUUUGCCUUCUCUCUUGAACGACUGACCCACUAAUUAAUUA